AUGGCGCAUCCAUCUGGGUCGAACGAGGCCUCGCCUCUGCUUGGCGAUGAUAGUAGUAGGACGUCUGUUGCUGCAGACCAAGGAGGCUCACAGGAAGAGCCCGAAACAAUGAAUAUGCGGUUGAUCUUCAAGAUCGCAGCGGCAAUGUACUCAUUCGCCACACUCGGGUUAUUCAACUCAUCCAUUGGUGCUGUCCUCCCUUUGCUGUCGCAAUACUACAACCUCAGCGACAUCCAAGUGUCUUCUAUAUUUCUGGCUGGACCCAUUGGAUACGUAUUCGCCGCGCAAUUCAGUGAUGCCGUACACUACCGGUUUGGGCAGCGGGGUAUCGCUUUUGCGGGGCCCCUCCUGCAAGUCGCUGCCACUGCUAUGGUAGCAGCGCAUCCGGGCUUCGGGGUGAUACUGGUAGCGUUUGCGUUUCAGGGUCUGGGGACUGGAUUGCUCGAUGGGAGUUGGUGCGCGUGGGCAGGGAGCAUGAAGAAGGCGAAUACGAUUUCUGGGUUGUUGCAUGGGAGUUAUUCUGUUGGUGCGGCAUUGGGUCCUCUGCUCUUGACUAUGUUGACUGCUAGGCAUCGGGAUUGGUGGACUUGGUAUUCGAUUCUGGCUGGAGCGUGCGCAUUGUCAUUCAUAGUCCAGGUCGCUGCUUUCCUACACGAGAGCGCAUCUGUCUACCGCCAGAGCAAGCAGUCAAAGUUGUCUGACUCCAAGGUUGACCUCAGAGAAAUAUUCAAGCACCCAGCUACUUGGCUCUGUGCAGCCUUCUUCCUCACCUACGUUGGCGUAGAAACUUCCAUCUCUGGGUGGGUAGUUUCAUUCAUGCUUCGUGAGCGACAUGCGAGUGACUAUAUAGCUGGUCUCUCUUCCUCGGGCUACUGGAUAGGUAUGGCUAUUGGGCGGUUAGUUCUGGGAUUCGCCACGGAUAGGAUGGGUGUACGACGCGCGACCACCCUUUACUUCCUCUCUGCUAUCGUUUUUGAAGCUCUGUUUGCAGCUUUCACAUCUCUGGAGGCCUCUAUAAUUUUCAUGACGGCAACUGGCUUCGUUCACGGUCCGUUGUUUCCCUCUGGAGUUGUGGUGUUGACGAGAUUGUUGCCAGCAGAGCUACACGUCGCAGCUGUCUCCUUUGUUGCAUCUCUGGGUCAAAUUGGAGGCGCGGUUUUGCCCUUUGCCAUCGGUGCCGUGGUGCAAGGUCUGGGUAUUGGAGUUUUUCGAUUCGCAAUUCUCGUUGAGACAUUGGUGGCAUUGUUGGUAUGGUUUGCCUUUGCGAGACUCCGUCCGGCGCUCCUUCCCAUAUCUGCGGCACAUACCCAGGACUGA